UUCCGUCGUCGCUGUCCCAGACGACAACGAGACCGUCCAGCUUCCUCCGUCGGGAAUCGUCGAGGUCAGGGGGUACGCCGUCCCACAGGGCUACCACGGCCCCGUCACGAGAGUCGAGGUCUCGACAGACAGCGGCAAGUCUUGGAUCGACGCAGAGCUGGACGGGUCAGCGAGUUUGCAGAAUCGAAAAUGGUGCUGGGUGCUGUGGACAGCAUCAGUGCGAAUGACCAGAGGCGCGGGGAAAGAGAUCCUCAGUCGAGCAACGGACGCAGGAGGGAACACGCAACAGGAGCAUUCGCAGUGGAACCUGCGUGGUGUGGGAUACAAUGGGUAUGGAGCGUCGAGGAAUCUUACCAUUGUCUAGGUGGGUGGAAGUACAGUAAUUCGGCAUUUGGAUUGUAA